UCUAACUGGACACUAGUUACUCUUACCAAAUUACACUCAUCACCAUUCAUAUUUACGAGACGAACAUUCACCUUUUAUUUUACUUUUCUUUCUCGUUCAUUUUGGUAGAUGUUGAGGUUAGGGUCUCGCAAAGCAAAAUUGUUUCUCUUCCGGGUAACUAAGCAAAGUGCACGUUCUUUCCGGAACAUGAUUCUGACAGAUCAAAUGAAUGAAGUUAUUAGAGAUCCAAUUGACCAUGAAGAUGUUGAAGAGAAGAAGCUUCAUCUUCCAUCUUGGAUUCCUCACCCACGCACUGGGAUAUACUACCCAAUAGGGCACGAACAAGUAAUGAAUGAUAUUCCUGAUGGUGCGGCUUCUUUUGGACAAACUUACUGGCUGAGGAAUGUUGAAGGGGUUGAAAAGCCUUUCCUGGAUGGUUCAUCAUUUGACCAUCCAGUAAUUUAAAAAUAUAUGUAGCAACAUAUAAGCCGUAAACUCUGUAUAUGUAAGGUUAUUUGGUGUGUGAUGCAUGUUGAAUGCCUAAUUCAGCAAGGCCUAGAGCAUACAUCUAAAUAAAAGCUGCUCGGCCUUUAUGUUUAACUGUUUGUUAAUAGAAUUUGCGUGCACACAUGUGUCGGCGGUACUAAUAA